AUGGCUGAAGAAGACGAUCAGAAGCUUGUCACCAAGCCCUUCAAGUUCGUUACUGGCACCGACGCUCGCUUUCCUAACGUGAACCAGACCAAGCACUGCUGGCAGAAUUAUGUCGACUACCACAAGUGCAUCCUUGCCAAGGGAGAGGACUUUGCCCCUUGUCGUCAGUUUUGGCUGGCUUACCGAUCACUGUGUCCCUCUGGAUGGUAUCAGCGAUGGGAUGAGCAGCGAGAGGCUGGCAACUUCCCUGUCAAACUAGAUGCAUAA